AUGGGCUUUGGACAGAUGACUAUUCCCCUCUACCUCUCUGGAUUCUGGGCUCAAAUUAGCUACCCAAAUGGCAUUACCUUUCCCCAUACUUUCACGCCCUCUGACAUCACCGAAGGUCAGCACAAUAAGUAUCGCGGCGCAAAGAUAGCAGAGCUCCGGCUUCGCACAGAUGGAUGGGGGUUACAUGGAGGACACGGAGGGUUAUUUGUCGUCAAGUUCGCCAUCAGUGGACGCCCAAAGGACCACGCCGAUCUCCCUGGCAAAAACAUGAAAGGAUCCCUCUCGAUCGGGACAUCGGAAUGGGGCUUUUUCUCCCGACCGGAUAAGACCAACUUCAUCUGGCAGAUUGAAGGGCAGCAACGUACCUUCACGGCAUCGACUCCGACACUUAGCUACCUCGAUGAUUCCUGCCUGGCAGUCGCUUAUGCCCCCGAUGAGAAAAAGUACGUGUUUCGGGUGAGCAAUCAGCAAGAUUUUAUUGUCAAGCUGUUGCAGGGCGGUGUUGGCGCCAUCAUUAGCGGGCACAAACUGUUAUGGUCAACUGCUGCAGGGUGGGUUGCUCCUAUCGGCGGUACUGCUUUUGCGGUGGUGGCUUGGGGCGCUAGUCAGAUUGACGGUAUCUAG